UAACAAGCGACUUGUGGCCUUAGUGCCAAAUGACACUUCAUUCAACACCAGACGAGCCUACACCAGCGAAGAUGAAGCCUGGAAGUCGUAUUUGGAGAAUCCCCUAACAGCAGCUACCAAGGCUAUGAUGAGCAUAAAUGGGGAUGAGGACAGUGCUGCUGCUCUUGGCCUAUUGUAUGACUAUUAUAAAGUUCCCAGAGAUAAAAGGCUGUUGUCUGUUAACAAAGUGAGUGAUAAUCAAGAAGACCAAGAUAAAAGAAAUUGUCUUAAUACCACGGAAGCUCAGAGUAAUUUAAGUGGGGGAGAGAACCGCGUGCAAGUCCUGAAGACUGUGCCGGUUAACCUUUCCUUGAACCAAGAUCCUUUGGAGUCGUCCAAAAGGGAAUACAACACAAAUGUUUCUGGGAGCUCAACACCCAUCACAGGGACUGGAGUGACUGUGGUUAAAGCAGAGGAGUUCACCCCUGUUUUUAUGACCCCACAAGCACACUAUGCAAGAGGAGAAAAUGAGGAGCACCGAGGGGUUAUCUUUGAACCAUACGAAGUGUCCAACAUUGCUCCCCACACAAAUUAUCUCAAAGAUGACCAGCGCAGUACUCCAGACAGUACGUACAGUGACACCUUCAAAGACGGAGGAACAGAAAAGUAUCGCAGUGUGUCAGUGGGGGCUGAAGAAUAUAUUUACGAACAAACAAGCAGCACUUUUCAGUACACAUUAGAAGCUACCAAAUCUCUGCGUCAAAAGCAAGGGGAGGGGCCCAUGACCUACUUGAACAAAGGACAGUUCUACGCCAUCACCCUGAGUGAGACGGGUGACAACAAAUGUUUCCGACAUCCCAUCAGCAAAGUCAGGAGCGUGGUCAUGGUUGUUUUCAGUGAGGAUAAAAACAGAGAUGAACAGCUGAAAUACUGGAAAUACUGGCAUUCUCGACAGCACACAGCUAAACAGAGGGUCCUCGACAUUGCUGAUUACAAGGAGAGUUUUAAUACGAUUGGGAAUAUUGAAGAAAUAGCAUUCAAUGCUGUGUCCUUUACUUGGGAUGUCAAUGAAGAGGCAAAGAUUUUCAUCACAGUGAAUUGCUUGAGCACAGACUUCUCCUCACAAAAAGGAGUAAAAGGGCUUCCUUUGAUGAUUCAGAUUGAUACGUACAGCUAUAACAACCGCAGCAAUAAACCCAUCCACCGAGCCUACUGCCAGAUCAAGGUUUUUUGUGACAAGGGAGCAGAAAGGAAAAUCCGAGAUGAAGAGAGGAAACAGAACAGGAAGAAAGGCAAAGGCCAGGCAUCCCAAGCCUCGUGUAAUAACUCAGCUGAAGGAAAGUUGAGUGCACUCCCUCCGCAAAAAAAGAGUGAUAUCACCUUCUUCAAAACAAUGGCUGACCUAGAUUCCCAACCAGUCCUCUUCAUACCGGAUGUUCACUUUGGAAACCUACAAAGAACUGGACAGGUUUACUAUAAUACAGAUGAUGAGAGAGAAGGUAGCAGUGUCCUGGUCAAAAGGAUGUUCCGGCCUGUGGAGGAGGAGUUUGGUCCAUCCCCUUUGAAACAAAUGAAAGAAGAAGGCCUGAAAAGAGUGCUUUUGUAUGUGAGGAAGGAGACAGAUGAGGUGUUUGAUGCUUUGAUGCUGAAAUCACCUACAGUAAAGGGGCUAAUGGAAGCGAUCUCUGAGAAAUAUGGGCUGCCAGUUGAAAAGAUAGCAAAACUUUAUAAAAAGAGCAAAAAGGGUAUCUUGGUAAACAUGGAUGACAACAUUAUUGAGCACUACUCCAAUGAGGACACGUUCAUCCUACACAUGGAGAGCAUGGUCGAAGGCUUCAAGAUCACACUGACAGAGAUCUAG